UUCCAUCCAUGCUUAACUUAAGAGAGAAACUCAAGAGAGAGAGAGAAAGAGGUUUAAGGGAAGCUUUAGGUCCACCAACUGGUGGUUAGAGAUUGGCACUCCAUAACCAAACACCAUCAACAGCAACAAAGAAUCAACCAAGUCAAGCAACAAAUAAUAACAACAAACAACAGCAACAGCUAAGACAACAUAUAUAGCUUCCUUUUCCCAUUAUUUACAAUUGAUUUAUUUCCCCCCUACAAAGGUUGGAGAAAGGGAUGUUUUUGAAAUAAAUACUAAAAUACUAGUAUCAGUUUUUUUUAAAAUCAAGAUUUGAUUUUUAUUUUUAUUUUUCUGGUGUUUGGUGUGGGGUUUGUUUGUUCUGAGUAGUAAUAUAGAGCUCCCUUUUUUACAUGAUAGAUAUAGAGAGAUAGAAAACGACUCCAAAAAUAAAAAAAAAAUUAAAAAAAUUUGGUGUAUGCAAGUCUCACGUGGGAAUAGAUAAAAAGAGUAGAUGAUGAACGAACUUAUGCAAGAAUAGUUAUCAUAAAGAGAGAGAGGGAGGGAAAGAUGGAGUAUUGGGAUCUGUUUGUUUGCAGUGAAGAAAUGUUUUUUUAGACAGAUCGUGGAGCUGCUGUUCCCCAUAAGCAACACAGCUUAUGCUGAAUUUCAGAGCUAUUUGAUAUCUCUCCCUAGCUGCACUUAAACAAGAGAGAGAUUGUGAAGAGUCUAAACUGAAAUCCCACAAAGGGAAGAAACAAGGGCUAAGAAAAGAAUACAUGGGAACUUAUUUUCCUAUGUCAAACAAUCAAAGAGAUGCUGCAUCAAUGCUCUACUCCAAGGAUCCUGCCCCAGCUUCUCACUCAUCAACGCCGAUUCUAACCGGGAACACCAUCAUGUACAUGAACUUCCCGCCCUCGUCCGAGCCCUUCUCUGAUGCAAUAGCCAGCAGCUGUAUGGAUGCUCCACCUGUUGCCUCAAACUCAAACGCCUCGUCUCAGGAGGUUCUCCUCAACUUUGGGGGCUCACGGGCGUUGGAGAGCCAGCUAAACACGUGGAAGGACAGGAGGAACGAGAUGCUCAUGAUGCACCAAGCAGGGGGGAGCAGCUCUUGUGUCCUUCAAGGCGGCCCGAGCAUGCAGGGGCAGGGGCUGUCGCUUAGUCUCAGCACGCACGUCCCCUUGCACGUCCCGUACCAGAACGAGGGCGCUGAUUUCUCCUCGAUACUGGGGUCUAAUGCAUUGAUGCAGGGCGAAGACAGGGGGAGGAACAUUUCUUUUGAGAAUGAAGAUAAUAGCUUUGCUGCUGGCUUCGCGGGGGGUAAUAAUGGGGAUGGGGCGAGUGACAUGUCCUCCUACGGAAUGCCGAGUAUUGCAAGAGCUGUUCCUAACUCUAAGUAUUUGAGAGCGGCUCAGGAGCUGCUGGAUGAAGUUGUGAAUGUGAAGAAAGCCAUCAAGGAGCAGAAUGCUCGGAAAGAGUUGAGGCGAGAGGGUGAAGGGGAGUUGAAAGAUGGAGGGUCGGACCCUUCGUUUUCAGCCACGCCUAAGGAGACUGGGGCCUCCCGUGUCGAGAUUUCAGCAGCCGAGAAGCAGGAGUUGCAAAAUAAACUGACUAAGCUUCUCACAAUGUUGGAUGAGGUUGACAGGAGAUACAGACAGUAUUACCAUCAGAUGCAGAUUGUGGUGUCUUCGUUCGAUGUAAUAGCAGGAUCCGGAGCAGCCAAACCUUACACUGCGCUCGCGCUUCAGACCAUUUCCCGUCACUUCCGCUGCCUACAUGAUGCUAUAAAUGGGCAGAUUCAAGUAGCACGAAGGAGCCUCGGAGAGGAGGAUGCUUCCUCAAACGAGAGGGGGGUUGGGAUAUCCCGACUGCGCUAUGUGGAUCAGCAGCUCCGGCAGCAGAGAGCCCUGCAGCAGCUCGGCAUGAUGCAGCAGCACGCGUGGAGGCCACAGAGGGGACUGCCUGAGUCCUCUGUUUCCAUCUUGAGAGCUUGGCUUUUCGAACACUUUCUCCAUCCCUACCCGAAAGAUUCCGAGAAGAUCAUGCUGGCGAGGCAGACUGGAUUGACAAGAAGUCAGGUGUCAAACUGGUUCAUCAACGCUCGAGUGCGUCUCUGGAAGCCGAUGGUUGAGGAGAUGUACAAAGAGGAGACAGGUGACGCUGAUGUUGACUCCAACUCCUCGUCCGAGACAAACCCACGAGCCUCGAAGCCCGGUGCAAAAGCCUCUGAAGACAAAGCAGAGGAUCUGCAGCAUGGCACGGCUUCCGCAAGGCAGCAGCUUAUGGAGCCGAAGGGUGUUGAGAUGAACGACGUGGAGAUGAUGGGGUCGGACGCCAACUCCAUCUUCCAGAGCGAGUACGGAGUAGGGAAGGGUGAGAAGGCCGAGCACGAGACAGGCCUCUUCCAAGACGCAGUAGCGGAAUCAAGCUGUGGGAGUGAGAGGUUCAUGGGUGCCGGUUACCAUAUAUCGGAGCUCGAGAGAUUCGGUAGUGUUGGUGGAGGAGUUUCACUCACACUAGGGUUGCAACAGUGUGAGGGUGGGGGUAGGAUGGCUAUGCCUAAUAGCAAUCACAAUGCAUUCAUUCCACUCAGAGAAACUGAUGUAUAUAACACAGCAGCUUCUGCUAUGGGGGGUGACCCUGCAGAUUUUGAGUGCAUGGAUUCCGGUGGCCGGCAGCAUCGGCUCGUCUCGUCGUUGCUACCUUCUUUUACCUGACUCUGCCCGGAGAUGAUUCCGGGCAAAAUUAGGGGGGUGGAUCUUGAUAUUUUGGGAAGAAGGUCUAGGUUUUAUCUCCUGUUUUGUGAAUCCAUUGUAGGAAGAAAAAUUGGUUGAAGGGUUUAUUUGUAAAGAAUUUACUGUGUUUGGUCUGUGUAGAAACCAGAAUACGAUGAUUUUGUUGUAUCAAGGAAAUAAGGUUGGUUAA